UGACGCCGAUAUCCAUUACCGUGAGGGGCGGGGCGGGAGCGCGACUACUCUGCCUCCCAGUGACGUUCCUGCUUCCAUGUACAGCUGACCGGACUCUCUACCACCGGCUCACAGCUGACCGUACCCUCUACCAUCGGCUCACAGCUGACCGUACCCUCUACCACCGGCUCACAGCUGACCGUACCCUCUACCACCGGCUCACAGCUGACCGUACCCUCUACCACCGGCUCACAGCUGACCGUACCCUCUACCAGUGGCUCACAGCUGACCGUACCCUCUACCACCGGCUCACAGCUGACCGUACCCUCUACCACCGGCUCACAGUUGACCGUACACUCUCCACCACCUCACAGCUGAUCCUACCCUCUACCACCGGCCCACAGCUGACCGUACCCUCUACCACCGGCUCACAGCUGACCGUACCCUCUACCACCGGCUCACAGCUGACCGUACCCUCUACCACCGGCUCACAGCUGACCGUACCCUCUACCACCGGCUCACAGCUGACCGUACCCUCUUCCACCGGCUCACAGCUGACCGUACCCUCUACCACCGGCUCACAGCUGACCGUACCCUCUACCACCGGCUCACAGCUGACCGUACCCUCUUCCACCGGCUCACAGCUGACCGUACCCUCUACCACCGGCUCAUAA